AUGCUGCAGAGAAUGAUAAAGGAAGAAUCGAACGCAAGCAUCGCAACGAAGGCUAAGAAGAUGUCAUCUAGCAUCAAAGGCGAAGAUCAAUCCGACCCCUGCGUAUUUGUCGAUAAUACUGAAACCACGCCAACAAUAGUAAUGGUCUACGUUGACGACAUUAUUAUCGCCUCCAAAAACUCAGGGAGAGUCAACAUGAUCAAGGCGGAACUGUCAAGGAGAUUCAAAAUAAAGGAUCUUGGACCUGCCAAGUAUUGCCUGGGUUUCGAAAUUCAUCAACAAAACAGCAUAAUCAAGUUGUCGCAGGCUGGUUACAUUAGGGAGAUUCUUAACAAAUUUGGAAUGUCCGAAUGCAAAUCGGCUUGCACCCCAUUGGCAGUCAGCUCAAAAUUUUCCUAA